CAAGCAAAACAGUAAACUGUGCUGGUAACAUUCCAAGCGGUAUACUUUCUCUGCUCAUCUGGCUUACGCUUGCUGGAAAAUUUCAAAGCUGAUUUGAUCUCUGAAACAGCAGCAAGGUGGUGUUGCCUGUUUGCAGCCUUCCCUUUACUCCAGCGUUCCCCAGCAAUGCUUUGCAGUUCUUUCAGAGGUAGUGCUGCUAUGGAGCCUGACUGGGCAGAGGUUGUUCCCUCUUGCUUCUUCUGGACUCUUCAUUGUUCCUGAUAACCAUUCAGAAGUCAUACCCUCCUCCGCCACAGACUACAGUGUCAUCUUCCACCCUCAGAAACUGAAGUGGCUGCAUCUCCUGGUUUAAGACCUGGCUUUUUCACACUCCAGCUGUGCUGAAUCCAAGAGGAGUUUGGUGCAGUUUGGACAAUGAAAGCCAAGGCCAAGCAAUGGAAGCACCUAGUGCUGAUUGGGAUACUGGCAUGGGCACUCGUCGUCUUGCUGCUGUUUACAUAUUUCACAGACUUCAAAACAGAUGAGCGUCCAGCCAGCUUUUUCACAAAUACUGAGACAAGAAGGCUCUUCCCCGUACAGGGUAAACUGAGAGCCAUUAUGGGGGCCUUCCAAAAUCCCAAGGUCUCAGCAAGUCACAAGGCAAAUAGUCUUUUCUUUGAGGAUGAUGAAGAUUCUGUGCAUUCAUUGCGUUUAGAUUAUUUGAAUGAUCCCAGUCUAAAAUGGACCCAGGAGGAGGAGGACAGUGGCGAGCUUAAAGUCUGGAGAAGUGUGAAGAAAAGACAGAUUGGUGGACAGCUGCAAACUCAAAACCAGGAGAUGGAUAAGAUCAUUAAAGUUAUCAAUAAAGAUGGCAAUUCUUAUGAAGAAAUAAUGAUUCAAAAUGCAAAGUCUAGGCCUUACGGAACAGUUAUUCAGAAUAAGGAAAGUUCAAAUUACCUUCUUGACCCUUUACAUGAAAAUCUAGAUUCCUUUGACCUAGAGGACUUGGAGUUUUCAAAAUCCAGUUCACUGCUUGUCAAACUGUGGAGAGGAAAUAUGUCAUCUGAGAUGCUGAAUCCUCGGUUACAAAAAGCUAUGAGGGAGUAUGUGAAUGAAAACAGACAUGGUGUCAACUAUCAGAAGAAAGGGGAAGCUGAAAGGAUGAUUGGAGAAGAUCUCCUCUGCCAAUUGAAAAACAAAGUCAAACUAAGAACCCUUGAUGGGAAGGAGGCUCCAUUUUCUACAUCUGGUUGGAGAAAGCACAUUCCUAAAAUUCCUCUGAGCAAGAUCAGGGUUAACCCACAGGCCUUCAGGAAUUGUGCUGUUGUUGCAUCUGCUGGUGCAAUACUGAAUUCCUCCCUCGGAGAAGAAAUAGAUUCCCAUGAUGCAGUUCUAAGAUUUAAUGCAGCCCCUACGCAAGGUUAUGAGAAGGAUGUUGGAAGCAAAACCACGAUCCGUGUUAUUAACUCACAAAUUCUUGUUAACCCGGAGCACAAGUUUAAUAAUAGCACUCUAUUCAAGAAUGUGGUUCUGGUGGCCUGGGAUCCUGCACCUUACUCGAUAAACUUGCUGAAGACAAUCUCGGAAAAAGCUCAGCAAUAUCUCAUUGUUGGCACGAUCUAUGUCCGGCUACUGUUAGCUCACAAGCAAGGCAAUGUCUGCCUCUUAGCCCAUCACCCUCAUGACGUAGGUCUUGAGCAAUAUCUAGCUCAUCAAGCUUGA